AUGGAGACAAUGGACGGAGGAUGGACGGCAAUCCAAAAACGUGUUAAUGGAUCUCUGAGUUUUGACAGGACCUGGGCGGAAUAUAAGAAUGGUUUUGGUUCACCGGAACAGGAUGUCUGGGUUGGAAAUGACGUAAUCCAUCAGUUAACAAAAGAAAACAGCUCAUCCCUUUAUGUGUCCAUCACUCUCCAGAAUGGUACAACGCUGUAUGAAAUGUACGAUCGAUUCUCGGUCUCCAUUGAAACAGAGAAAUAUCAACUCUUCCUAGCAGGACCCGCCACGGGGACCUUAGGUAAGUGUAUUCAAGCUAAGUUCUUAAAAUUGGGAGACAGUAUGUUAAUCACCCUUCCUUCUAACCGCGAACUGUCUGGGAUGUACUUUAGUACCCCGGACAGAGAUAACGACGGAAGGGACAUAGGUAGCUGUGCUGCUCUCCCUAACCGUAGAGGAGGGUGGUGGUUUAAUGACUGUCACUACGCCUUCCUGAACGGUCAAUGGUCCCCGGGAUUCUGGCGCAGACCUUGGUAUCCUACAGUAAUGAGUGGGACAACUGUUAAGGAGACAUUGAUGUUGAUCAGGCGUCACUAG